AUGAGUAGCAGUACAUUGAUAGAGGUUUUUGGUCACAUCGUGUUUAGUUUCACGCGAGGCGUCACAGAGCAUUACAAUCCUGAAGCACUUGAAUUUACAGCGGAAUCCUUUGGCUACGAUCCAUUGGAAAGCACCGGUCGAGAAUGGUAUUAUCAUCCUGUAGACGAGUUUAUAUUUCAAGAAUACAGCGAUAGAAGGGACACAACUCUUUCUUAUCUUCCUUCGUCAAGUCUCAAUGUGAGAUGUACAGACGCGUGCGCACCAGAGGAAAAUGAGGAGACGUUAGGUGGCCAACAGGAUGAAGAUCAAUCAAUGGCUUGGAAGCGGCUCAGACCAUCUAUUUUAUUCACAGUGGGGAAAGCAAUGUAUAUUGGAGCACUUAUUUCACUGUUAACGUCUACUGGCAUAGGCUCAUUAUUCAUGUCGGUCAUUUAUCUGUCGUAUAAAACUGAACUCAACUGUCAGUUUCACUCUAAAGAGUCUAUUCCAGUACAAGUUCAAUGGAUCAUUUCAAUAUCUGGUAUCCUCUCCUGUGCUUUUCUAUACAUGUGGUUCUUCGUAAGCAUUGUUUUGUUAUUUCGCCCAUUUCAGCUGAUCGGGGUGAAGAAAAAGCUUGUCCUAGCAACGUUUCUAUU